AUGGCUCCAGUAGUGUGGCCGUGCGCCCUUAACCCAUCAAAUCACAUACUGGUGCAAGAGUUGCUGCUACACGCGUCAUUAGGUCGUCACCGCCAUUCCCUGAGGGACAGAAAGGACUUUUUUCACCUUGCUAGGCACAUUUCCUGCCUCAAAGAACCUUGCAAAUACCUCGUUUCUGCGCCACCAACCUCUCGUGGACCACUGUGGGCUCCUUGGCGAAGCACAGUCCCCCGGCAAAUAGUUUUCAAUCGUAUACUCCGUCAGUGCACCGAUACUUAUACGCAAUCAUCCCAUAAAGAAGACAAAGAAGACGAGGAGGGGAGACGCGUACCAGUGUUUUAUGAUGAUGCCAUUGCUCAUUUGAACAGAAUAGCAGAAGAACUGGGGCCACACGGAUACAAAGUAACUCUGGUCGGAGCACUGCGACGCGGGUGCCCCGUUGCUUCCCGAGCUGAGUUCCUUUUGACGUACGAUGAUGACGAUAGAAUCAGGAAACAUCGUGACAACGACACCACUGUGUCCCACAGUGUUCAUUUUGAGCGAGCGAUACAGGGACUAAGGGCUUCCGGAUACAUCAAGCAUCAUAGGACAAAAAGAAAGAUUGAUAUUCACACAAAACAGUACAUAACACUUGCUUCUAGGUCCCAUUCACAUCCAGAAACCCUCUCCACAUCACGAGAGGAAAGACAGGUUUUGUCUAUUACCUGGUCAAAACCACAACAGUUUCACACGCGGCAGCUGUUCCUCACGGGCCCGAACCCAUUCGUGGUGCACCUUGUGCUGCUGGCCCAUGCGAAGGGCCUGGGACUGGAUCCUUGCGGGUUGUACAAAUCCCAAUUAGGGUUUCGGGAGUCUGUGGCACUUGAAUGUGAAAGGGACAUCUUCGCUGCGUUGCAGUUGCCGUACGUUGAGCCCAUUCACCGCCAUGCAUACUGCCGCGUUCACAACCUGUUUUGA